AAGCCAAAGGCAAAUGAAGCCCACCCUCUCUGUGUGUUUGUUACUGACUGGACUUCAAGCAAUCAGUCAUUGUCAUCGUCAGCCUGAUCAUCGCAAUGACUGGGUUGGUCAUAAAAAUGCAUCUGCCAGGGAACACAAUUGCCCCAUUGAAGGAGUUUAUCCAUGUGAAAGAAAGGCGUACUUCAAACUGGUCCCCAGCAAUAUUGACUUCGCAUUUAGAUUUUACAAGCAAGUAAUAUCAGAGGCAGCUGACAAAAAUAUUUUCUUCUCUCCCAUAAGCAUCUCCACUGCCUUUUCAAUGCUGGCACUUGGGGCUAAAUCAGCUACUCUGAAUCAGAUUCACAAAGGACUCACCUUUGACCUGAACAAGAUUCAGGAAAAGGAAAUACAUGAAGGCUUUUGCCAUCUCAUCUGUGCGCUAAACCAUCCAGACAGGAAGAUCCAGCUGAAUAUGGGCAAUGCCCUUUUUCUAGAAGAGACACUGAAACCACUGAAAAAGUUUUUAGAAGAUGUUAAAAACUUUUAUAAAUCAGAAGUUUUUUCUAGUGACUUUAACAAUUCUACCAAUGCUGUGAAACAGAUCAAUAAUUACAUUGAGAAGAAAACCCAUGGGGAAAUUGUUGAUUUAGUCCAGGAUCUUGAUCCACUCACUGUAAUGAUUCUUAUUAACUACGUUUUCUUUAAAGCCCAUUGGGAAAACCCUUUUAAUUCUUUUUACACAAAAGAAGAGGAUUUUUUUGUGGAUGGGAAAACCUCUGUUAAAGUUAAUAUGAUGUACCGCAAAGGCAGUUACAAACAUCACUAUGAUAAGGAACUGUCUUGCUGGCUGGUCCAAAUACCUUACAGUGGAAAUGCUGUAGCAUUGUUUAUUCUGCCUGAUGAAGAAAAAAUGAAGGAAGUGGAAAAAGCUCUCUUGAAAAAAACUUUGUCUAAAUGGAAAAAGGCCUUCAAAGAAAGAACAAUAUAUCUGCACAUUCCAAAAUUUUCUGUUUCUGAUACCUAUGACAUAAAAGAGGUAUUCCAGAAAAUGGGUGUGAUUGAUGUGUUCACUGACCAAGCUGAUCUGUCUGGAAUCACUGAAAAGUCUGAACUAAAGGUUUCAAAAGUCAUUCACAAGGCUGUACUGAACAUUCAUGAGAAUGGCACUGAGGCUGCAGGAGUUUCUGUCGUGGAAAUUACAUGGAGGUCUGGUCAAAUAUUUGCUCCUCCUCGAAUUAAAUUCAACAGGCCCUUCUUGGUUAUGAUUUUUGAUAGGCAUACCCACAGCAUCCUCUUCUUGGGGAAAAUCAUAAACCCUAGCAGAAAAUAAUUGCUCAGCUGCUGGACAUGUUUGUAAUGCUUCCACGUAGUGCUGGCAAAAUUCAGGUGAUUCAGCAAAGCACGUGCACAGUGCUAGGGACUAUAGUUAGACCAUUAACCUACAUUCCUAAAUCCAUAAAACAUUAAUGUAGCAUUUCCUUGCCUAUAAACAGCUGAUAUUUCUUCCUUGCUGUGUACAGCUUACAUCAUAACAAAUCGCCAAUAAGCUAAAUAUGUCUGAUUUCACCUUUCCCCUGUUUUGUAAGUAGUCCUUACUGAAAGGCUCCUGUGGGGGCUUUGUUUAAGAUACAAAAAGCUUGACUACAUAAAUAAUUAGACCACGGCAAGCUGGGGCGUGAAUCUACCCUGCACUAGCCUGCUGUGGACUUACUGUCAGUGUGCCCCCUGCUGCCAUGCAUUAACAGUUGGUUAAUGUGCUUUGAACUUGUUCCAAAGGGAGCUAGAUCAGAAUGCUCUAAUGCAGUAUUGACACGUGUGUAGAGUGUACAUGGACAGUUAGACCACAGCAAGGUAUGGCAGGAUAGAUUAGCACCCCACUUUGCCAUGGGCUAAUUGUUUGGGUAGACAAGACUGAAGUCUCUCAAAUGAGUUGGUCUUUCCUGUACUCCUUAAUUUUUGCGGGGAGGGAGAUUGGUCCGUUUUAUCAACGUGAUUAACUGAUUGGUGAUGAUUGUUCCAGACCUUCUGUUCUUUGCAAGGAAUUCCUGGUCUGGUCUCUUCUCUUUUACUGUGGGUCCAGGUGCUGAUCUGAAAUUGCUGAUACUGGGUUAAUUUUCUUUUGGGGCUUGUCUACACAGGGAAAAAGUCCACAGUAGCUGACGUACACAAGGUAAUGCACACUAGGUACUCUGCACUAAUUCCCCGUGUAUAGACUCUUCUUGUGGACCAAGAUCAGGUCUACACUACAGACCUAUGUCAUUUGUAACUACGUGGCCCAGGGAUAUGAAAAAUCCAUGCCCCUGAACGACAUAGUUAUGCUUACCUAACUCCCUAUGUAGAUGGCACUAUGUUGAUGAAAGAGCUUCUCCUGCAGAAACAGCAACCACCUCUUGGGGAUGUGGAUUAGCUACACCAACAGGAGAGCUCUCUCUUGU